UUGCUUGUGCAAAAGGAUGUAGAAGUUUUGAUAAUUCAUCUAAUGAAUUCCAUUCCUCUGCUGACAAGAGAAGUUUUCAUAAUGAAGAAGAAGAAGAUUAUUUAAAAGAUUAUAUGUUGAAUUCCAACAUGUUUGAGUAUCACUUCAAAGAGAAUUAA